UAUAAUAUUUAUUGACUAUAUUUUUGAAAAGAUUCUUAUAUGAUGAGUUCAACACGCUUGAUGCUGUUUGGCUCCUUCAUGAUGGGAAGACGGUAGAUCAUUCACACCCCGAAACCCAACUCUUCUUCCUCCCCUUCAACCACUUCUUCUGUCUCACCACAGAAACAAUAACUUGAAAAUUAAGAAAAGAUCAAAGCAAAUUCUCACUACAGUCACAUUCGUAAUUCAAUGUACAAUCGAAUUCGAAACCCAUAGAACCAACCAACCAACCCAGCUCCCUUCCUUUCAAACUCCACCGAUUUGAUUCUCGCAAUGACGUCUUCUGAUUCCAUCUUUCUAGAAGACUUCGGUCAGACGGUGGACCUCACGCGCCGAAUCAGGGAGGUGCUUGUGAACUACCCCGAGGGAACCACCGUCCUCAAGGAGCUAAUCCAGAACGCCGACGAUGCUGGCGCCACUACCGUCUCCCUUUGCCUCGACUGCCGCUCCCACUGCCGCGACUCACUUCUCUCCGACACCCUCGCCCAGUGGCAGGGCCCCGCCCUCCUCGCCUAUAACGACGCCGUUUUCACCGAGGAGGAUUUCGUCAGCAUCUCCAAGAUUGGAGGCAGCAGCAAGCACGGCCAGGCCUGGAAGACCGGCCGCUUCGGGGUUGGAUUCAACUCAGUUUACCAUUUGACAGAUCUUCCUUCCUUUGUGAGUGGCAAAUAUGUGGUGCUAUUUGAUCCUCAGGGUGUUUAUCUUCCAAAAGUUUCGGCGGCAAAUCCUGGGAAGCGGAUUGACUUCACCAGUUCAUCCGUGCUCUCCUUAUAUGAGGACCAGUUCUUCCCCUAUUGUGGUUUUGGGUGUGACAUGCAGCGUCCUUUUGCCGGAACUUUGUUCCGUUUUCCUUUGAGGAAUGCAGACCAGGCUGCCAGUAGUAAGCUCUCAAGGCAAGCAUAUACACCCAAAGACAUUUCAUCCAUGUUUGAUCAGCUCUUUGAAGAAGGAAUAUUGACUCUUCUCUUUCUAAAGAGUGUACUGCGCAUUGAAAUAUAUGUAUGGGAUACUGGAGAACCUGAACCCAAGAAAAUUCAUUCAUGUUCUGUUAGUUCAGUGACAAAUGACUUAGUGUGGCACCGGCAGGCACUGCUCAGAUUAUCCAAAGUUUCAAACACCAGUAAUGAAGUUGAUGCAUUCUCAUUGAACUUCUUAAGUGAGUCACUAAGAGGAGUUGAAACUGAGAGGCAAACUGAGAGAUUUUAUGUGGUGCAAACCAUGUCCCCAAAAUCAAGCAGGAUUGGCUCUUUUGCUUCUACUGCAUCCAAAGAGUAUGACAUUCACUUGCUGCCAUGGGCAUCAAUUGCGGCAUGCAUUUCUGAUAAUUCACUGAAUAAAAAUGCUCUCAGAACUGGUCGUGCAUUCUGUUUCCUUCCAUUGCCUGUUAGAACGGGGCUUAGUGUACAUAUCAAUGGAUUCUUUGAAGUCUCAUCAAACCGUCGUGGCAUUUGGUAUGGGGAUGACAUGGAUAGAGGCGGAAGAGUUCGUUCUACCUGGAAUAGGCUUCUUCUGGAAGAUGUUGUGGCUCCCACUUUUAUCCGUAUGCUGCUUGGUUUGACAGAUUUACUAGGGCCUACAGAAAUGUACUAUUCUUUAUGGCCUACUGGUUCUUUUGACGAACCAUGGAGCAUUUUGGUUCAACAAAUAUACAAAAACAUUGGCAAUGCUCCCGUUAUACAUUCAGAUAUUGAUGGAGGAAGAUGGGUGACACCAAGUGAAGCUUUUCUUCAUGAUGAAAAAUUCACUAAAAGCAAGGACCUAGGUUUGGCUCUGAUUCAAAUAGGAAUGCCAGUUGUGCAUUUGCCUAACUCAUUGUUUGACAUGCUUUUAGAAUAUAAUUCCAGCAUGGUGGUUACUCCUAGUAAAGUACGCGAAUAUCUUAGGCAAUGUGAAACAUUUAACUUGAGCAAACCAGACAAGCUUCUAUUGUUGGAAUAUUGCAUAGAGGACUUGGUUGACGAUGAUGUUGGUAAAGAGAUGUGCAACUUGCCCUUACUUCCUUUAGCAAAUGGUGAUUUUGCCGCAUUUUCGGAAGCAUCGAAAGGAAUUUCUUAUCUUGUAUGCGAUGAAUUAGAAUAUAAACUAAUGGAGCCAGUUUCAGGUAGAGUAAUUGAUAGAGCCAUUCCUCCCGAUAUAUUGACCAGACUCUCUGCUAUUGCAAAGUCCUCAAAGACCAAUAUUUCCCUUUGUAGCAUUCACCAUUUUGCUCAGUUAUUCCCUGCAUUUAUGCCAGCUGACUGGAAAUAUAAAAGUAAAGUGUUAUGGGAUCCUAAACUCUGUCAAAAGCCAACAUCGUCAUGGUUUUUGCUAUUUUGGCAGUAUCUAGGAAAGCAGAGUAAAAAAUUACCAUUGUUUAGUGAUUGGCCAAUUUUACCAUCCACAUCUGGACAUUUGUUAAGACCUUCUGAACAACGGAAAAUUAUCAGUGGAAGCAAUCUGUCUGAUACACUGCAGAAUAUCCUUGUCAAAAUUGGAUGUGAUAUAUUGAAUUCAAGUUAUGUAGUUGAAUAUCUGGAUUUAUCUAGUUAUAUAUGCAACGGAAGUGCAUCGGGUGUUUUGGAAUCAAUUUCUAAUGCAGUUUCAAAUAAUGACAUUGUGCAAGUUUCACUGGAUAACCUGAUUGCUGAAGAGCGAAAUGAGCUCUGCAGGUUUCUUUUAGAUCCUAAAUGGUAUGUUGGACGCUCUGUGGAUGAAGUUAGCAUAAGGUUUUGCAAGAGGUUACAUAUAUUCGAAGUCUACAACAGAGAGUCUGCUCAAGAUUCCCUUUUCUCUGACCUAGAAAAUCCUCGUAAGUACUUAUCACCAUUGGAUGUGCCAGAGUUUAUUCUGGGUGCAGAGUUCAUUGUCAGAUCCCCACAUAUUGAAGAGGAUAUUCUGUCAAGGUAUUUUGGAGUUGAGAGAAUGGGGAAAGCACUAUUUUACAAGCAGCACGUGUUUAACAGAAUUGGGGAAUUGGAAGCUGAGGUCCGUGAUAGCAUAAUGUUAUCUGUUCUGCAAAAUUUGGCACUUUUAUCUCUUGAGGACAUAUCAAUCAGAGACUCUCUGAGAAAUUUGGAAUUUAUCCCAACACUCACCGGUGCUCUUAAGCGUCCCUCAGUCUUGUAUGAUCCAAGGAAUGAAGAACUAUAUGCAUUACUAGAAGACUCUGAUAGUUUCCCUUCUGGUGCUUUCCAGGAGUCUGAAACACUUGAUAUUCUGCGCAGCCUGGGGCUCAGAACUUCUGUCUCUCCAGAUACAGUUUUAGAAAGUGCCCGGUGUAUAGAGCAUUUGAUGCAUGGGGAUCAACAAAAGGCAUAUUUGAGAGGGAAAGUGCUUUUCUCAUACCUAGAAGUUAAUGCAUUGAAAUGGUUUCCUGAUCAAGUUGAUGAUAAACGAGCAGUUAACCGAAUGUUGUCACGAGCAGCAACUGCCUUUAGGUCGCGCACCCCAAAAUCUGAUCUUGAAAAGUUCUGGAAUGAUCUUAGGUUGAUUUCUUGGUGCCCAGUUUUAGUUUCUGCCCCAUUUGGCUCAUUACCAUGGCCGGUUACAUCAUCUGUAGUUGCUCCUCCAAAAGUUGUGAGGCCACUAAGUGAUUUGUGGCUAGUCUCGGCUAGCAUGCGGAUAUUGGAUGGCGAAUGCUCUUCCACAGCUUUGUCAUAUAACCUGGGAUGGAUGUCUCCACCAGGAGGUGGUGUAAUUGCUGCUCAACUACUUGAGCUUGGAAAGAAUAAUGAGAUUGUGACUGAUCAAGUACUUAGGCAGGAAUUAGCCCUGGCAAUGCCGAGGAUAUACUCAAUUUUGACAGGAAUGAUAUCAUCGGAUGAGAUUGAGAUUGUUAAAGCUGUUCUUGAAGGCUGUCGGUGGAUAUGGGUGGGAGAUGGAUUUGCAACCUCUGACGAGGUAGUCCUUGAUGGUCCUCUCCAUUUGGCUCCGUAUAUUCGUGUUAUUCCAGUUGACUUGGCAGUUUUCAAAAAUCUGUUUCUAAAACUUGGUAUCCGGGAAUGCUUGCAACAUGCUGACUAUGCCAAUAUCCUUGCUAGGAUGGCAGUAAAGAAAGGAUCAUCUCCGCUUGACCCAAAUGAGAUUCGGGCAGUCACUCUAAUAGUUCACCAGCUAGCUGAAGUCUAUCUUCAUGAACAGAAUGUCAAGGUAUAUCUACCAGAUAUAUCAGGUAGACUGUUUCUUGCCGAUGACUUGGUCUUUAAUGAUGCACCCUGGUUGCUAAGUUCAGAAGAUCCGAAUGGUUCUUUUGGCAAUGCAGCGACUGUAAAUUGGAAUGCAAAGAGAACAGUUCAAAAAUUUGUGCAUGGAAACAUAUCUAAUGAUGUAGCAGAAAAACUUGGUGUUCGGUCUCUUCGUAGGAUGUUACUGGCCGAGAGUGCAGACUCAGUGAAUUUUGGUUUGUCCGGAGCUGCUGAGGCUUUUGGACAGCAUGAAGCUUUGACAACAAGGCUUAAGCACAUACUUGAAAUGUAUGCUGAUGGACCUGGGACUCUCUUUGAGAUGGUACAAAAUGCAGAAGAUGCAGGUGCUUCUGAAGUAAUAUUUCUUUUGGAUAAGUCUCAAUACGGGACUUCUUCUAUUCUUUCUCCAGAAAUGGCUGACUGGCAAGGUCCUGCUUUAUAUUGUUUCAAUGACUCUGUUUUUAGUCCACAAGAUCUUUAUGCCAUUUCUCGUAUUGGCCAAGAGAGUAAACUUGAGAAGGCUUUUGCAAUUGGAAGAUUUGGACUAGGAUUUAAUUGUGUCUACCACUUUACGGACAUUCCCAUGUUUGUUUCUGGAGAAAAUAUUGUAAUGUUUGACCCUCAUGCCUGUAAUUUGCCUGGAAUAUCUCCUUCCCACCCUGGUUUACGAAUUAAGUUUGUGGGGAGGCAGAUUUUGGAGCAAUUUCCCGAUCAAUUUUCUUCAUUGCUACAUUUUGGCUGUGAUUUGCAACACCCAUUUCCAGGUACUCUGUUUCGGUUCCCUCUUAGAACUGCAGGUGUUGCCUCUCGCAGCCAAAUUAAAAAGGAAGUUUAUACACCUGAAGAUGUCAGAUCUCUCUUUGCUGCUUUUUCUGAGGUUGUUUCUGAAACAUUACUUUUUCUGCGUAAUGUGAAAUCUAUUUCUAUUUUUGUGAAAGAAGGCACAGGGCAUGAAAUGCACCUACUGCACCGUGUACGCAGAACCUGUGUCGGUGAGCCUGAAAUCAGAGCUAGUGAAGCCCAGGAUAUGUUUAACUUUUUCAAGGAGGAGAAGCACAUUAGAAUGAAUAGAGUUCAAUUUCUGAAGAAGCUAAGCUCUAUUGACAGAAAUUUGGGAACCUCUGAAGCAUCCAAUGGUCAGAGUCAGAAUUUUAUUCCCUGGGCAUGUGUUGCUGUAUAUUUGAAAACUGUUAAGUUUGGUGAUGACCUGGCUGAUAGUUCUGGGGGGCAGGAUCGUUGUCUGGUUUUUCCUGAUCUAUUACAAGCUGCCAAUUUGCCAAUGCAUCUACCAGAAAAUUUUGAAGGUCGUGCAUUCUGCUUUUUACCUUUACCCAUAACUACUGGUCUUCCUGCACAUGUAAAUGCAUAUUUUGAACUAUCAUCGAAUCGCAGGGAUAUCUGGUUUGGUUCUGAUAUGACUGGGGUUGGAAGAAAACGCUCAGAGUGGAAUAUUUACCUCCUUGAAAAUGUUGUUGCCCCUGCCUAUGGUCGUUUACUUGAGAAGGUAGCAUCAGAGAUUGGCCCUUGCAAUUUGUUCUUCUCAUUGUGGCCAACAACAUUAGGGUUAGAACCUUGGGCAUCCGUAGUGCGGAAACUUUACCAAUUUAUUGCUGAAUUCAAUCUUUGUGUAUUAUAUACAGAAGCUAGAGGUGGUCAAUGGAUCUCAACCAAACAUGCUAUAUUUCCAGAUUUUUCUUUCCUUAAGGCAGCAGAACUUAUUAAAGCAUUGGCGAGUGCUUCUUUGCCUGUCAUUUCGCUUCCGCAAUCACUUGUAGAAAGGUUUAAGGAGAUCUGUCCAUCGUUGCAUUUUCUAACACCAAAGCUGUUAAGGAUUUUGUUGAUCAAAAGGAAGCGUGAGUUCAAGGACAGGGUUGCAAUGAUUUUGUCCCUUGAGUAUUGCUUACAUGACUUGCAAGAAAACAUGCAGUGCGAUAGUCUGUUGGGCUUGCCGUUGUUACCACUCGCAGAUGGUUCCUUUACAUCAGUUGAUAAGAAGGGUGUUGGAGAAAGAGUUUACAUUGCACGUGGUGAUGAGUACGGCCUUCUCAAGGAUUCGAUUCCACAUCAGCUUAUAGAUUGCGUUAUUCCAGAAGAGGUUCAUAGAAAACUUUGCUACAUUGCCCAAACAGAUGGUACAAAUAUUUCUUUCUUGUCAUGCCAGUUACUUGAGAAGCUUCUGGUGAAAAUACUGCCUGGAGAGUGGCAACAUGCUGGACAAGUAAGCUGGACUCCUGGUAUUCAUGGCCAACCCAGUUUAGAAUGGUUGCAACUACUAUGGAAUUAUCUGAAAUCAUAUUGUGAUGAUCUUUUAAUGUUCUCUAAGUGGCCUAUAUUGCCUGUUGGAGAUGAAUACUUGAUGCAGUUACUACCAAAUUCAAAUGUGAUAAAAAAUGAUGGAUGGAGUGAAAAGAUGUAUUCUUUGUUGUUGAAGGUUGGAUGUUUAUUUUUGAGAAAUGACCUGCAGUUAGAUCAUCCAAAACUGGAACAUUUUGUCCAGCCAUCAACCGCAAGGGGUGUAUUGAAUGUGUUCAUGGCUGUUGCUGGAGACCCGCAGAAUAUUGAGGGGAUUUUCAAAGAUGCAUCUGAAGGGGAACUACAUGAACUGCGGAGUUUUGUUCUCCAGUCAAAAUGGUUCUCUGAAGAGCAAAUUGAUAACACACAUGUUGAUACCAUCAAACACCUCCCUAUAUUUGAGUCAUACAAAAGCAGGAAACUAGUAAAUUUGUGUAACCCUGUGAAAUGGCUUGGUCCCACUGGUGUUCGUGAAGAUCUUUUAAAUGAUAGCUUCAUAAGAACUGAAUCAGAAACAGAAAGGAUCAUUAUGAGAAGGUAUUUAAAGAUAAAAGAACCAACAAAGGUGGAAUUCUACAAAGAUCACAUAAUCAAUCACAUGUCAGAGUUCCUUUUGAAGCAAGAAGUCAUUUCAGUUAUUCUGCAUGAUGUGCAGCUUUUAAUUAAAGAGGAUACCUCUCUCAAAUCUUCACUUCCAACCAUACCAUUUGUGAUGGCAGCUAAUGGAACUUGGCAACAACCGUCUAGGCUUUAUGAUCCUCGUGUUCCUCAGCUUAAAAAGAUGCUGCAUGGGGAUGCUUUUUUCCCCUCUGACAAAUUUUCAGACCCUGAAAUUUUAGAUACUUUAGUUACCCUUGGACUUAGGACAACUCUGGGAUUUACUGGUUUGCUUGAUUGCGCUAGAUCAGUUGGCAUGUUGCAUGAUUCCGGGGCUAUUGAAGCCUCCAACCAUGGUAGAGUGUUACUGGUUUUUUUGGCUAAACUAGCCCGUAGGCUCUCAAAUAAAGGUGAAAGUUAUAAUGGUGAUCAACAGGUUGCCAUGGUUGUGAGAAGCAGCAGUAUAAUUGAUGGUACUGUUGUAUAUGAAGGCUUUCCUAAAGAGGAUGUGAACUCCCCAACAGAUGUUGAUUCUUUUGUAAGCAGCUUAACUGAUGAUAUGGCAGAGGAGGAAUUUUGGUCUGAACUGAAGCAAAUCUCUUGGUGUCCAGUAAUUUCUGAUCCACCUGUUAGGGGACUUCCAUGGUUGAAAUCCAAUAACCAAAUUGCACCCCCCAUGAUUGUGAGGCCUAUAUCACAAAUGUGGAUAGUGUCGUCCUCAAUGCACAUAUUAGACGGUGAAUGUGACAUGACAUAUCUACAAACUAAACUUGGGUGGAUGGAUUGGCCAGAAAUUGCAGUUUUAUCAAGACAGUUAAUUGAGCUAUCUGAGUCCUAUAAGCAGCUUAAGAUGAAUUCAUUGCUGGAUCCUGGUUUUGAUGCUCAGUUACAAAAGGAAAUACCUUGCCUUUAUUCAAAAUUGCAAGAAUAUAUUAGCAGCGAUAAGUUCAAUGAACUGAAAGCAGGAUUAAGUGGUGUUUCAUGGGUCUGGAUUGGUGAUGAUUUUGUAUCACCAAAUGCACUUGCAUUUGAUUCCCCUGUAAAAUUUACUCCUUAUUUAUAUGUUGUUCCAUCUGAACUCACAGAGUAUAAAGAAUUGUUGCUAAAGUUAGGAGUCAGAUUGAGUUUUGGUAUUACCGAUUAUAUUCAUGUAUUACAAAGGUUGCAGAAUGAUGUGCAACGACUUCCUCUUUCAAUGGAUCAGCUAAAUUUUGUCUGUUGUGUCCUUGAAGCCAUAGCAGAAUGUUGCCUGGAGAAGCCACUUGUUGAGCCUGUUGAUGGGCCCUUGCUGAUUCCUGAUACUUUUGGAAUUCUGAUGCCAGCAGGAGAUCUUGUGUAUAAUGACGCACCUUGGCUGGAAAACAGUUCUCUUAUUGGCAGACACUUUGUACAUCCAAGUAUCAGCAAUGAUUUGGCAGACAGGCUGGGUGUACAGUCAGUUCGUUGCCUCUCUUUAGUCAAUGAAGAUAUGACUAAAGAUCUACCCUGCAUGGACUAUAAUAAAGUAAAUGAUCUUUUGGCCCUGUAUGGGAGCACUGAGUUUUUGUUGUUUGACCUCCUUGAGUUGGCAGAUUGCUGCAAUGCAAAGAGAUUGCACCUGAUUUAUGAUAAAAGGGAACAUCCUCGUCAGUCUUUGCUGCAGCACAAUUUAGGUGAAUACCAAGGUCCUGCUCUGAUAGCGAUCUUCGAAGGUGCCUGCUUGAGUAGAGAGGAAUUUAGCAAUUUCCAGCUCCAUCCUCCAUGGAGAAUACGGGGGAACACACUAAACUAUGGUUUAGGACUAGUUUGCUGCUAUUCUAUAUGUGACCUUCUCUCAGUCAUUUCUGGUGGCUACUUUUACAUGUUUGAUCCUCAUGGUAUGGUACUUGCUGCACCUUCAACUAAUGCCCCUUCAGCAAAGAUGUUUUCUUUGAUAGGUAUGCUACUAUGCGGCAUGUUCUUCAUCUAAAUUCAUGUAAAUUAGUUUUAGUUACUCCAUUCUCAGCUUGAUUUGUUGUUUUUUAUGGUGUUACUUCUUGCAACAUGACAUUUUCAUCUUUAAGUACUCUAUGUUGUUAUCUAGGUGUGAUAUUGUUGGUUCUGAGGAUACUAUGGUGCCAAUAUCAUCUGAUUAUUUAAAACAUGUACGUCUUCAGUACAAUUAGGAAAUUGGUAAUAUUAGGGCAAUAUAGUUCAAUCAUUCUUAGAAUGGGGAGAGGAUAAAACUCCAAUGGUGAUAGUUCAUUUUAGUCGUUUUCUUUCAUUCUAUACCUCUUUGCCCAU